GCGGGGUCUGCGAACCGGGGCGCUUCGAGGAAGAGGUGCGUGAGGUUUUGUGAUCCUGAGAUGCCAGAUGAAAUAUGCCCCAAAUAAAAUUAAAUGACAUUACUAUUGACUUUCCAUUUCCACCCUACAAAUGUCAGGAGACAUAUAUGUCCAAAGUGCUUGAGUGCCUACAAAACCAAGAGAAUGGGAUCUUGGAGAGCCCUACAGGCACCGGGAAGACAUUAUGCCUCCUGUGCUCGACCUUGGCAUGGCGAGCGCACUUCAAGGAUGCCGUUUCUGCGCAAAAGAUUGCCCAGCGAUUAAAAGGGGCAGAACUGUUUCCCGACCAGCCGUUGUCGUCUUGGGGCAGUGCUGUCACGGGGACCGAGGUUCCAGCUUAUUACACUGAUGUCCCUAAAAUAAUUUAUGCCUCCAGAACACAUUCUCAGCUUGCUCAGGUCAUCGGUGAAUUGAAGAAUACUGCUUACAGACCCAAAGUUUGUGUGUUGGGAUCCAGAGACCAGCUUUGCAUCCACCCUGAAGUUAAAAAGCAGGAAAACAAUCAUAUGCAGAUCCACUUGUGUCGUAUGAAAGUGUCAAGUCGCUCAUGUCACUUCUAUAACAACCUGGAAGAAAAAAGCACCGAGAAAGACCUGAUCGAUCCCAUCUUGGACAUUGAAGACCUUGUUAAAAAUGGAAACAAACACAGAGUUUGCCCUUAUUAUCUUUCUCGGAGUCUGAAACAGCAAGCCGACAUCAUUUUUAUGCCUUAUAACUAUCUGCUGGACUCAAAGAGUCGAAGAGCUCAUAACCUGGACUUAAAAGGGGCUGUAGUAAUACUUGAUGAAGCUCACAAUGUGCCAGGUGAGCAUCCAUCAGUAACCACAUUCAAUUUUUACCCCCUGUUUCUCUAUGCGCCUCAUAAAGGGAUUCUCCUGCAGCUAGAAAGCGCUAUUGACGAUGUAGAACUCUCAAGUACAGGUGGAUUUACGGAAGAUGGAAGCUACAUAUUUGACUUGUUCGCCAAGGCUCAAAUCACAUUCCAAACCCAGAACUCUCUCCUUGAAUCACUGGAACAAAUUGUGCAGUAUUUAGCUGGCCGUUCUGGGAUAUUCACUAACACUGCUGGACUGCAUAAAUUUGCAGAUGUAAUUCAGACUGUUUUUAAUCUUGGUCCAUCAGAAGGGGUGCCUGGCCGUGAGGUAUCAAAACACUAUAAGGUCCAUAUCCGUCUUGAUGAAAACAAAAAAUGGAAGCCCCGGACCGAUUUGUGGAACUCAUUGCCAAUGAAAAAACAAGGGAAAAUCUUGAGCUACUGGUGUUUCAGCCCCGGACUCAGCAUGCAGGAAUUGGUUCGUCAGGGAGUCCGCAGCAUCAUUCUGACUAGCGGGACCCUUUCCCCGCUCUCCACUUUUGCUUUGGAGAUGCAGAUACCAUUCCCAGUUCAUUUGGAAAACCCUCAUGUUAUCGAUGAACAUCAAAUUUGUGUAGGAAUAAUCACCAAAGGACCAGAUGGAGCUUUGCUGUCUUCCACUUACGAAAGAAGGUUUACGGAAGAAUGCCUGUCCUCUGUCGGGAAAACCGUAGUUAAUCUUGUCCGAAUAAUACCAAAUGGACUCCUGGUGUUUUUUCCUUCAUAUCCGGUCAUGGAUAAAAGCCUGGAAUAUUGGAAAGCCCAUGAUUUUACAAAAAAAAUAGAAGCACUGAAGCCAAUGUUUGUAGAACCAAGACGCAAAGGAGCAUUCACAGAGGUUAUGGAAGCCUAUUAUGAAAAGGUUGUCUGCCCAAAAUCAAAUGGCGCUCUUUUCUUGGCUGUGUGCAGGGGAAAGGCGAGCGAAGGUUUGGACUUUGCCGAUAAGAAUGGACGAGGCGUCAUCAUCACCGGCCUUCCGUACCCUCCUCGCAGGGACGCCAGGAUCCUAUUAAAGAUGCGGUUCUUGGAUGAAAUGAAGGCAAAAGGUAACAGCAAGCAGUAUUUGUCUGGAAACGCCUGGUACACACAGCAGGCUUCUCGUGCCGUGAACCAAGCUAUUGGAAGAGUUAUCCGACAUAGGCAGGAUUAUGGUGCCAUUUUCCUCUGCGACUGCAGGUUCGCGCUGCCUGAGAUGAAAGCCAUGUUGCCCUCCUGGAUCCGCCCUCACGUCAAAACUUAUGCAAACUUUGGACACGCCGUCAGGGACUUUUCUCAGUUCUUCCGUACUAUCCAACAGCGUAUGCCAGGUCCUCCAACUCCUCCUCGUCAUCUUUCUUCUACUGUCAUUGCCGAAGAAAAUGAUUCCUCAUCUCCAUCUCUUGUUCCGUGCAAGCGGUUCCCUACUGGGACAAAAGCCAACGUCUUGGAAGACCACGUUCCUAGUCUGAAAAGGAAGCGGAUGGGCGUUUCAUCACCCAGCUGGGCAAAGCGCUUGUCAACUCUGUCCCUUCAGCAUGAAAAAAAAAUGAUGGACCAGCAGAAAGGCGGCGGCAGGAAGAAAAUCAAGAUAGUCAGCGGCUGGCAAACUAACGAGGCAGCCAAUUCUUCGGACCCCAAGACAGCCAGAGCUGUCGCUUUUAUUGCAGCGGUGCAGAAAUCUCUGAGCCGGUUAAAUUUUGAUGUAUUUUCACAAACCCUCCACCAGUACAAAAGAAAACACGAUUUCGAUGCUAUGUUAUUUCAGUUGAGUGGACUUUUCUUAGAAGAUGAAAACACCCACACCCUACUGCGAGAGUUUUACCAAUUUAUUCGGCCUCAGCACAAAAAGCAGUUUGACGAAGCUUGCCGUUCCCUGACCGGAGUCGGCUGCGGAUACAAACCUGAGCACAGCCUUCUGCAAGAAGAUAGAUUGUUGUUGGCUGAAAAUGCAGGACAGGGCGAUGAGAAUAAAAUUACUUUGGAGGAGAAUUCUACUAAACAGCUUAAUUCCGUGCAGCAUUUAAACAAAGGCGGAGGACACCUGACGGCUGAUUUAAAUAUGAAAGGGGAAAGCAGUGCCAAGUGCCAGUCCGAUGUCUUCUCCAGACUUUCAUUCAGUACCAUAAAGGAGAAUGAGAAGGAGACCUACCUGUCAGCCUACGUCAGUGAACUCAAGAAGUGCCUGGACAAAACCAGCUAUAAUACCUUCAAGUCAGCACUUGUCGCAUACAGGAAGACAAGUGACUAUGACUCGAUGGUGACCGUGGUCGUAGCCCUCAUUACGGAAAAGCCGGAGAACUUCCACCUUCUACAGAGAUUUGCCACAUUCGUCCGCCCUCCUCACAAGGAACAAUUCCUACAGAUGUGCAGAGAACUCACUGGCACAAAUUUCCCGGAGGAGAACAGUGAAAAGAGUUCCCAUGAUUCUUCCAAGAAUGAAGCACCGCAGCCGCUCCAAAAUCCAGACCCACCGGAAAUUGAGAGAAAGCCCAGCAAAUUACGAGAAGCCACAGAUGAUGGCAGCCUGCCUCUCUCCCCAACAGGCGGUGGCUAUCAAUGUGCUAAAUGCGGUUCUGAGCAUGGUGUGCCCUUUAAAUGCCAGCAGUGUUCCUUCACGUGUUGCAACAAAUGUUGGGAGAAUGCCUUGAAGCUUGCCAAGAAGUGCCCAGAAUGCCAAGCGGACACCAAGAGAAGACACUUGGCCAUAUCUUACUGGCCAGAUCCCCCCGUGAAAGGCACGUAGAGUGAACACGUGAACUGUUCAACGGGUUCUACAGGAUGUACGGCUGGCUCCAGCUGCUCUGUGUGGAAGAGGAACAACGAAAUUGCACGUGGUUUUAAGUUAGAUCCUCCAGGCUAACCCACCCGCUUCUUAAGAGAAGCCACACGGUCUUCAACGUGACCAUUCUCCAGAUAUUUGAGCCACUCAAGUGCUCCUGUCUGUUUCAGUCAAUCUAGAUGGCAUUUAAAAUCAGAGUUAAUAUGUUAUUAUCUUUUUCUAAUGAUGACCUUUGCAGUCAGACCGGGUACCACAAAGCCUAUUGUCUUUAUUAUGGAAAAAUUAAAAAGGACUU